GGAACUGGCCGGUCUCGCAGUCGCGGACCUGAUUGGCUGAUCGUGGCGGUGUGCCAGCCCCGGUUUCCCCGAGUUUGGGUCGACUUUCAGGGAACUGAGUUAUGGCCACUUUGAUUCCGCAGCUGCGGGAACUCUGCGGACCCCUGCUCCCAUCCAAGGCUCAGGUGGAGGAGAGCGAUGAGUGCCUGAUGGAAGACGUGGAGGACGACGAUCCGGCGUUUGUCGACGCCGAGGAGCUCUGCAGUGGGGGCGUAAAGGCAGGCAGCCUCCCCGGGUGCCUGCGAGUUGUAAUUGCUGAUGAAAACACUCAAGAGCAGUGUGAAGUGUUUGGACGUUUUCCAUUAACGGGUCCUUGGUGGCGAGUGAAGGUGCGAGUGAAGCCCGUGGGAUCCCAGAACUAUCACGUUCAAGGAUUUCCGUCGUACUUUUUACAGUCUGAUAUGUCACCACCAGAUCAAAAAAGUAUCUGUUCCCUCUUUCUUAAAGACUGUGAGGUCUCCAGUGACACUAGAAAUAAAUUUUUAGCAUGGGUAAAUAACACAUUAGGCUAUAAAAACCUCAACUUUGAAAAUCUUAGGGAAACAUUAAGAGCGUUCGACAAAGAACGUGGGAGGAAUGGUCAAAAACAGUCUACACGGACUGAACAGGAGGAGUCCCCACCAAAUCAGGAGAGGCGCCUUGCUGUGGAAAACACAAUUCCAUUUGUAAGUGUAAUGACAGCAUUGCAGUUUCCGAAGACAAUGGAAUUCCUUCCGGUUCUUCUGCCUCGACACUUUAAACAGCUUGUAAGCUCAGAUUCUGAAGAUGUGUUGGGAAAGAUAGAAGAGAUUUUAGGUACGCAUCCAUGGAAACUCGGAUUUGGUAAAAUAACCUACAGAGAAUUGAAGCUUUUGCGAUGUGAGGCAAGUUGGACAGCGUUUUGUCAGUGCGAGUCCCUUCUCCAGUUGAUGACUGAUCUAGAGAAGAAUGGAUUGAUAAUAUAUUCUAAACUGAAGCAGAUAUGUAGAGAGCAUGGGCACACAUAUGUAGAAGAAGCUGACUUGACUUCCCAGUUGUCGAACUGCAUGUCUUUUCAUGAUGUUUGGCAGUCUCUGCAGUUUCUGAAGGAUAUCGGUGUGGUGACGAAUAAGAAGACCUGUAUCUUUCCUUAUGACCUUUACCGGGCUGAGAGAGACAUUGCCUCUUUAAUAGGUGACCUGAUGACGAGGCCUCCUUGGCGUUUGCACGUCGAUGUCAAAAAGGUGCUUGCGUCUCUUCAUACCAAAAAACCUGAGGAUUCAAGAGGUGAUGAUGCAUUGAACGAAAAUAAACCUGAUGAAAUAAGAUUAGAAACUUGGGAGGGCAUUCUGAACCCACAGAGCAGUGGUGACGGUAUCUGGGAUAAUGGUGGAAAUGAAGAGAAUGCAGAAAUAAGUCAAGGGCAACUGGACCAGGAUCAGGUGACUGCUCUGGAAAUGAUCUGCUCCAAUGCCGUGACAGUCAUAAGUGGGAAGGGCGGUUCUGGGAAGACCACAAUUGUGAGCCGUCUUUUUAAGCAUGUAGAGCUCUUGGAAGAAAGCGAAGUAAAAAAAGCUUGUGAGGACUUUGAACAAGACCAGGAUGUCCCGGCAGAGUGGACUACGUUCAGCCAGCUGAGUCUACCGAAGUCAGACAAAGCUAUCGAAGUUUUGCUUACUGCACCUACAGGGAAAGCAGCUGGUCUGCUGAGAGAAAAGACUGGUUUUAGUGCGUACACACUGUGUCAGGUCAAUUAUAGCUUCUAUACAUGGAAGAAAAAAAUGAACAUGAGCAGUCCCUGGAAAUUUUCUUCCGUGAGAGUUCUAGUUGUGGAUGAAGGGAGUUUGGUAUCUGUGGGAAUCUUCAAAUCCGUUUUAAAUUUAUUGCUUGAGCACUCCGACCUUUCUAAGCUUAUUAUUCUCGGUGAUAUUAGACAGUUACCCAGCAUUGAACCCGGUAACUUGCUGCAAGAUCUUUUCGACACUCUUAAGUCAAGAAAGUGUGCUAUUGAACUAAAGACCAACCACAGAGCAGAAUCUGAGCUAAUUGUGGACAAUGCUACAAGAAUCUCAAAACGCCAAUUUCCAAAAUUCGAUGCAGAGCUGAAUAUCUCUGAUGACCCAACAUUCCCUGUCUCAGUACAAGAUAAAACAUUUAUUUUUGUGAGACUCCCAGAAGAGGAUGCUAGUUCUCAGUUGUCAAAUAAUAAUCAUCAAUCUCAUUUAUAUUCUGCUGUGAGCACUUUACUUAAAGAAAAAGACCUACAGUGUGCAGAGACAUCACAAUUUAUUGCAUUUAGAAGGCAGGACUGCGAUGUCAUCAAUGUGUGCUGUGGCAAGUACUACACAGGCCACCUGAUCAAAGACCAUCAGAAGAGACUUAUAUUUGGAGUUGGUGAUAAAAUCUGUUGUACCAAGAAUGCGUAUCUCUCGGAUUUACUGCCUGAAAAUACCUCCAACAGUCAGCAAAAUAAUGAACUCGGGGCCAGUGGUGAGGACUUUCACUGGACUCCUCGUGAUGUUGCUAAAAAUAAACACGACAUUGAGAGUGGUAUUCGACUCUGCAAUGGAGAAAUAUUUUUCAUAACAAAUGAUAAAAUGGACAUAACUGCUGGAAAGAAAAGAUCUUUGACCAUUAAUAAUAUGGCCGGCUUGGAAGUAACGGUGGAUUUUGGGAAACUGAUGAAACAUUGUCGCAUAAGACACGCAUGGGCAAGAACUAUUCACACUUUUCAGGGGUCUGAGGAGCAGACCGUGGUCUACGUGGUCGGGCGGGCGGGCCGCCAGCACUGGCAGCACGUCUACACCGCGGUCACCAGGGGCCGCAGCAGAGUGUACGUCAUCGCGGAGGAGUCUCACCUGCGGAACGCGAUUUCGAAGAAGAGUGUCCGCAGGAAAACCCGCUUGAAACAGUUUUUGCAAAAUGAGCUCUCCAUGAGCUGUGCAUCUCCAGCAGAUGGUGCGUCUCCGUCGCAGAGCUCCAGAACACAGCCCUCGGCGUCGCCGCUCCCGAUGGGCACAGCUGACGCUGGGACAAAGGGUGUCCCCAGAAGCCAGGCCUCUGCGGCCGAUGACCAGAUGCCUGCCUUUGCUGGAAGAUGGAAAGUUUCUUCCCCUGAUGAAGCAGAUACAGACGAAGAUCCAUCCAAAUCUCGAGGGUUCAAAAGAACUUGUGUCAUGAAUGAAGAUGAAAGUCCAAACAAAAUUCUUAUGGAACACGUCACUCCCCCACGCAGCACUUGUAUCCAGUUUGACUCUGUGCACAAAGCUUCGGGAGGACCGCGUGCUGAUUACAUAGUAACCAAAUAUACUCAGUGGAAGAAUCAUCUCCACAAGUGUCUUCCAAGCUUCAGAACUUGAGACUAAAUAGUUUGACCCCCAGGCAACUUUUCAAACCCCCAAGUAAUCAAGAAACUUAAUUUUCCUUCCGAUUAUUCAAAAUAAUUGUCUAUUUUUUCAUUCAAUGAUAAGCGAACAUCAUAACUUCAAAGUAUCAGGGUCUAAGAGGAUGUCUGUAACUGGAGUUUUAUUUUAAGGUGUUUGUAUUAUGGAUGUUUUAAACUCAUAUGAUCAAAGAAAACCUUACGGAUUUCAAUGUCUGUCAUGAGAACAGGUAGCACUGGACAUAAAUGAGAGAAAAGUGUCAUAUCUGUACUUUAUAUCUUUAUAAAGUUUUAUUUUUAGGGUAAUGCCUUAUUAACUUCCGUGAUCACUGAGUGAUCUUCGCCAAAGGGGUGAAGCUAUGGCAGUGAGAAACUAACUGCAUCUCUUACUGACACCAGUGCUGGGGCGUCAUUGUCUUCUGCGAAGGGAUCGCCCCCGAGGCUGCCACUGCUCCCUCGAUACUGCCAGGCUCUACCUCAUCUGGGGCUUUUCCCAGAGACUCCUGAGUCAGGAGCACAGCAUUUUCUGUUUUCUGAACUUGAGAUGUAAUCGACAUGUCACAUUGUCUGAGUUGCAGGAGUAUGAAACUUACAUCUCGAAUUAUGUUACCACUGUCGCAUUAGCUUGUUAACACCUCCAUCACGUCACAUGAUUGUCGGGGGGGGGGUGCACAGUGCUUUGAAGAUACUCUAUUUUGGAAAAGUUUUUUCUCAGAGUGACUUCUAUUUUUUUAAAGUUUUACUUACUGUUAAAUGGUAGACAAAAUAGUUAAGAGGGAAGAUUUACCCGAUACUCCAAUGUUUUAAAAAUAGCACUAUGGAGAGAGAAUUCACAUACAAUUCACCCAUUUACACAGCUGAGUAGUUUUUAGUGUAUUCAUAGUUGUAAUACCAAUACCACAAUCAAUUUUAGAAAAUAUUUAUAUGAUCGCCCAAAGAACUGUUUCACCUUUCAGCUCUAAUACCCUCCUCCCCUCUAGCCCUGGGCAACUGGUAAUCUUUGUCUCUGCAAUAUGCCCUUUAUUAGGACGUCUUUGAUUUAGCAUGAUAUUUUCAGAUUUCAUCCAUGUUGUAGCGUGUAUCUACUAGUGCAUCUCUCUUUAAAAAAAAAAAGAUUAAAAGCAAUCACGUGCAAUAGAGCUAGCAUUGUUUCUUUUACUGGGUAGAUGUCUUGGAUAAUCCAUUCAAGGAAGAUCACUCAGUCCACCUUGAUGAAGCCGGUGCCCUCUGUGUACUGACGGAAAAACUGGCCGCAUAGAUUGAGGUGGUAUUUCUAUAUCAGACCGUGUGCGUUUGAGCUGAUGUGACAAGAUCAGGAACCCGGCUGAGUUUUUGCAGGUGGCCCACCUUGCUUUCAGUGGUUCCUCGAAGCAAAGGGCCUUUAUCUAUUUUUCUUUCCAAAUAAUGUUUUGUUGCAAGGAUAUGGCACAUGGAAUUUAUCCAUUCAUCAGCUAAUGGACAUGUGGGGUAUUUCCACUUUUUAGAUAUUACAGCCGAUGCUGCUGUGAGCUUCUGCGUGUAAGUUUUUGUGUGAACAUUUAUUUUCAUUUCUUUAAGGUAGAGAUAGACCUGGGAGUGGAGUUGCUGGGUCACAUUAUGACUCUGUUUAAAGCUUCAAGGACCUGACAGGCUGUUUUCCAAGUAGCUGCACCGUUUUAUAUUUAUGCCAGCAGUGUGUGAGGGUUCCCGUUCCUCGUAUUUUCUUCGGCACUUGCUGUCGUCUGACCUUCUGAUUACAGCCACACAAUGGGUAUAAAUGAAAUUUCACUGUGGCUUCCAUUUGUAUUUGCCUGUGGUAAUGAUGUGGGCUUUCUUUUCAUGUGCUUAUCGCCAUUCGUGUUCUUUCUCUUAGGAGAAAUGUCUAUUCAGGUCUUUUGCCAAUUUAUAAAUUGGGUUAUUUUUCUUUUUAUUAUUGAGAUAGGAGUUCAUAUAUUCUGCAAAGAAGUCUUUUAUUAGAAACACUAGUUGCAAAAUUUUGUUUUUGCAUUUUGUGGAUUUGCAAAAUCCACAAAUUUUCACUUUCGCAAAUUUUUCUAUCUUCAACUAGAGAACAUUUUACUUCUUCCUUUCAUAUCUGAGUGCUAUUUAUUUCCUUUUCUUGCCUUACUGCCCUGGCUAGAACUCUAGAAACUGUUACAUAGAAGUGGUGAGGAUGGGCAUCCUAGUGUUAUUCCUGUGAGUUUUCAGGGUCUGCAAGGCCAUCUGCAGACACGUGUUGGGACCGCAGGUGCAGUCUGUGCACAGUUUGUGUGAACUUAGUUCCUAGAAUACACGUGGUGUUCCCUGAGGGCAGACGUGUCACCUAAAACAAAUGUGCCAUUAGUCUGGGGUGUGUUCCUGUCUGCAGGCUGUUUCAGCACUUUAACAUGUUUCACAUCUUGUCCUCACAACAGACCUGGAGUGCGGAUGCGACCUUCAGUGUUACAGGUGGGAAACAGACUCCCGGUCAGUCUCAUACCACCAGUGAGCUAGAAUUCAAACCCAGGUCUGCUUUCGAAACCUAUGCUCUUCCCACUCUUCCAUGCUGCUUUGCAAGGUUAUGGCAAAACCUUCCCCCCUUUAAAAAAUUAUGUGGCAAUUAACAUUGUGUAGGGCUCAGUCUCUAGAGCAUGUAAAUUCAUUCAAAGUUUCGAAAAAGUGCAUGUCAUAUUUUUUUGGCUUUUUAAAAUCACUGUUUAUUCCAUUUUGGUAGAGGACUUUUUUUUUUCCAUACAAAUAUUUGCAACAAUUUUGAAUCCCCCCAAACCAUACAUAGACGAUAAAUACCAUGCUAUUAAAGUAUUAAAUUUGUACAAAAAUACUUUACAGUUUAAUACUUGUUUGUUACAAAUAAAAAUACAUAUUUAAGUGA